AUGAAGGAAGCACUGCUGAAUCCUACUUCAGGAUAUUACAUUUACCAUGACAUGCUUGGUGAACAUGGAGAUUUUGCUACUUCGCCAGAAAUAAGCCAACUCUUUGGAGAGGUGAGGUGGAACAUGAUGUGGGGCAUUUGGAUACUAAAUGAAUGGUAUAAACUUGGCUGUCCAAAGCCCUUGCAACUGGUGGAAUUAGGUCCUGGUAAUGGAACCCUCCUCUCUGAUGUCUUACGAAAAACUCCAGAUGGAUGGAGGGAAGUUCUGAUUGAUGUAGAUUUGGGUGUUGGCCCUCAUCAUCUACGCUUCAUACUGUCCAGAGGUCCUACCCCUGCUUCUUUUAUGUAUCCCUCAGCAAAGGAGACACGGAAUCACAUUGAGGUGUGCCCAGAAGCCAGUGUGAUAAUGGGUGAAAUUGUUAACAGAGUGGAGGAAGAUGGAGGCUUUGCCCUUAUAGCUGAUUAUGGUCAUAUGGGGACAAAGGAAGACACUUUCAGGGCUCUGGAGAGUCACUGCACUAAGGAGCAAAUGGAAACCCUCACUCGAGGCUAUACUCUCCUCCUGGAUCCCCAUGAGAUGGGAGAGAGGUUUAAGUUUUUAGCAGUAUUUCCUUCAUCAACCACCAUCAUUCAUGACAAGAUACCUCCUGCAGGUUUUUUCCCAUCUGAGCCCUCAUGACAUAGAUUAUUUUUGUUUGGCUUUCCCUAUCAUUAGGCCUAGUGCAUAAAAGGU